AUGAGGGAGGACCUAGAUCAAGUAGUUCAAUUGGUGCGGAGGAUAGGUAAGGAAUUUGAAAGCUGCGCUGACGUUGAGAAUUUCCAGAUUUUUCUGGGGGAGCUAGGUCCCGUUGUACAAAGAACAGCCCAAGAUGAGAAUUACCGUCAAUGCUUGGCUUCCUCGGAGGAACUAUGGAGAAGCUUAAGAGCUGACUUGCAAGGAUUAGAGGGUUCCUUGAAUGAACUAAAUAAAGAGAAUGCGUUUUGGUAUGUGCGAACAUUGAGAGGUUUGAUGCUACUAAUGAGAAACUUGUCGGCCAGCAGUCAACAGCUUCCACGAGACCUUUUGCUUCAAAAUUGCUCUAUCAGAGCCUUCUUGCAAAUUUCUCGUGCGAAUUUUGGGCUAGAUGAGAUGGUACAUUCGUUUUAUACCAUUACUGUCAGUUUUCUGCAUAACAUCAGUAAAGAUGUCAUUAUUUUUGACAAGCAAGAGGUGGAUCGACUGAUGGAUUUCCUUCAGUACCCAACUCAGGUGGAAUCAACCAUGAACGAAGAACUCUUGCACUGUCAUGCCUCGUUUCUGUUAAAUUUGAGCGGAAAUACCGACUUUUUAUAUGAUUUCUUCAGAUCUCCAACUUGUGACAAGAUUAUCUUCGAACACUUACUUCAGGAGGUUGUAAGUCAUCAUACCGAGCUUUUCAAUUACGCUGACAGGGCAGAGGAUGAAGACCACGAGAUUUCGCCCAUGGAUGCAGUAAUCCUGAAGACCUUCAGUCGGUUUGCCGUUAAUGAAUCAUUCAUCAAUUAUCUGCUCACAGUCGAAAGCGAAGGCGGCGAAAGCUUCAUUCAGCUCAUGAAACUACUACAAUUAGUUGUCACAAGUAGUGGGAGGUGGGAUAAAUUUGAACUUACAAGUAUAAUGGCUUGGUGUUUUCCUAUUUUUAAGAAAGCAGCUGAGUCGACUGCUUCAUAUUUCGAAGUUGGAGUAGACGAUGAACAAGAGGCCAAGAUACUGCAUAACAAGUUGAGCACAACUUUGGAUAUUAUGUCCAAACUGACACAAUAUGAGCAGGUACAACAGUAUUUACUCUCCUAUGAGGGGCUAGAAGCUUCAAUAUCCCUCUUAGGACUUCUGCAGAAGAACUUGGUUCGGAUCAAUUUCUAUAAGAAUCCCAACGGAUCUAUCAAGGGUAUGAAAACAAUGGAUGCCACUGGCGAAAAGGUCAGUGACGAGGCUUUACUCAAUCAAAGAGUGGAUUACGAUUCUUUCCAAAUACUACCCACAAAUUUUCCUGAAUGUAAACUACUCAUCAUCGAAAUCUUGACGAUGCUAGUAUAUAACAGGCGGGAGGUGCAAGAUAGAAUUCGGGAACUACAUGGUUUGGAAUUGGUCUUGUCCAAUUGUGUUAUAGAUGACAACGAUCCUUUCAUCAAAGAAAGGAGUGUGGUUUGUAUCAAAUAUCUUCUGCAGGACAAUAGGCCUAAUCAAGAUUUCGUAGCUCAGUUAGAAGCUAAGAAAGCUGUACAGGAUGACGUUUUGUCUGAAGCUGGCUAUGAAGUUAAAAUCGGAAAUACUGGAGAACUCAAACUAGACUCAGUACCGAGUCAAAAGCGCGAAUUCGAAUAG